UCACAUGGGGUCGUGUAUUUGCUCAUGUACUACAAACGGUGAGGAUUUGUGUUUCCUUGGAGAUGCCCUGACAUUCGGCCGAUUUGCAUUGGUCCGCCGUCGUCUCUAACGGUGCAUUCCAAAAACGGCCUACUCGCCUUCUCGCCACGGCGCCGCUCGUCGGCUGCGGGCUGCAACUCCGGCCACGGAACCGCCGGCUUGCCUCAGAUGCAGAAUCCCAACGGAACCAUCCUUCAGCUCUACCACUCCGGUCGCCUCUCUGCCGCCCUCCACGCUUUCCAGUCAAUCCCCUCCUCCCCCGCUCCCGCUCCUCUUUCUGCCGCCACAUACGCGGCCCUUCUCGCCACAUGCUCCCGCCUCCGCGCCCUCUGCCUCGGCUGCCUUGUUCACCGCCACCUCCUCGCCUCCCCUGAUCCCAACCUUGUCCGCAACACCGUCCUCAACAACCAUCUAAUUACCAUGUAUGGCAGGUGCGCCGCCCCAGAGUCCGCCCGCCUCGUGUUCGAUGAAAUGCCCGCCAAGAACCCCGUCUCUUGGGCAUCUGUCAUUGCGGCACAUGCACAGAACAGACGCUCCACUGAUGCUCUCGGCCUCUUCUCUUCCAUGCUACGUUCAGGCACCGCGCCUGACCAGUUUGCACUCGGCAGUACUGUGCGCGCUUGCGCAGAGCUUGGGGACAUUGGUGUCGGGAGGCAGGUGCAUGCUCAGGCGAUGAAAUCGGAGAACGGAAGUGACUUGAUCGUGCAGAAUGCGCUUGUCACGAUGUACUCCAAGAGUGGCUUGGUUGCAGAUGGGUUCUUGCUCUUUGGGAGGAUGAGAGAGAAAGACCCGAUUUCCUGGGGGUCGAUUAUUGCUGGGUUUGCUCAGCAAGGGUGUGAAAUGGAGGCUUUGCAGAUUUUCAGGGAGAUGGUUGCUGAGGGCAUGCAUCAUCCCAAUGAGUUCCAUUUUGGUAGCGUGUUUAGUGCAUGUGGGGUUCUGGGUAGUUUGGAGUACGGGGAGCAAAUUCACAGCUUAUCUGUGAAGUAUAGGUUGGACCAUAAUUCGUAUGCAGGGUGUUCAUUGAGUGACAUGUAUGCCCGGUGCAAGAAGCUGGAGUCUGCGAAGAGAGUGUUUUAUGGGAUUGAUGCGCCAGAUUUGGUUUCUUGGAAUUCCAUAAUUAAUGCUUGCUCUGUAGAGGGUCUCCUUAGUGAGGCUAUGGUUCUGUUAUCUGAGAUGAGAGGUUCUGGCCUGAGGCCUGAUGGUAUUACUGUUAGGGGUUUAUUAUGUGCGUGUGUGGGCUGUGAUGCUAUUCAGCAUGGCCGAUUGAUGCACUCCUACUUGGUCAAAUUGGGUUUGGAUGGGGACGUUUCAGUUUGCAAUUCUUUACUUAGCAUGUACGCGAGGUGUAUGGAUUUCUCCUCUGCGAUGGAUGUUUUUCAUGAGACCAGAGAUCGUGAUGUUGUCACCUGGAAUAGCAUUCUUACUGCAUGUGUGCAGCACCAGCAUCUGGAAGUUGUCUUUAAGUUGUUCAACCUCUUGCAGAGGUCGUUGCCGAGUCUGGACAGGAUAAGUUUAAACAAUGUUCUGAGUGCUUCUGCUGAGUUGGGUUACUUUGAAAUGGUGAAACAGGUCCACACAUGUACCUUCAAGGUAGGUCUUGUGAAUGAUACGAUGCUGAGUAAUGGUCUAAUUGAUACUUAUGCUAAAUGUGGAAGUUUAGAUGAUGCCGUGAAGCUCUUUGAAAUGAUGGGCACCAACUCUGAUGUGUUCUCUUGGAGCAGUUUGAUUGUUGGCUAUGCCCAAUCUGGUUAUCCAAGGAAAGCGCUUGAUCUAUUUGCGAGGAUGAGAAACCUGGGAGUCAGGCCAAAUCAUGUAACCUUUGUUGGGGUUCUCACAGCAUGCAGCCGUGUCGGUCUUGUUGAUGAAGGCUGCUAUUACUACAGUAUUAUGGAGCCUGAACAUGGUGUUCUUCCAACAAGAGAGCAUUGUUCAUGUGUCAUUGAUUUGUUGGCACGUGCUGGGAGACUAACUGAGGCAGCAAAGUUUGUUGAUCAAAUGCCAUUUGAGCCUGAUAUUGUAAUGUGGAAGACCCUGCUAGCUGGUAGCAAAACACAUAAUGACGUCGAGAUGGGAAGGAGGGCAGCAGAAGGUAUUUUGAAUAUUGAUCCUUCCCAUUCAGCUGCCUAUGUCUUGUUGUGCAACAUAUAUUCUGCUUCUGGUGAUUGGAAUGAGUUUGCAAGAUUAAAGAAGGCAAUGAGAAGCAGUGGUGUUAAAAAAUCACCAGGGAAGAGUUGGGUUAAGCUCAAGGGUGAGCUAAAAGUCUUUAUAGUAGAGGACAGAUCCCAUCCAGAAUCUGAGGAAAUAUAUACAAUGCUAGAGUUAGUUGGAAUGGAGAUGAUCAAAGCUGGUUAUGUUCCAAAGCUUUCAUGUAACCAUGCUAGUUUUGACCUUACAGGUAAUGGUUUGUCAGAUGAAGAAGAAACGUUAGCUGGAUAUGGUUGAGUUAGGUCAAAGCAGUCAUCGCCGAACUUGGAGACUCCCAACGUACAGAAGCUGCAUUCUGAUUGUCUUUGUGCUAUAUUUUUGAUAACUUAAUAUCAACAGGCAGCUGGAUGUUCCUUUCCUUUUGCAUAGAUGGAAAGAAGAUAUAAGCUUGUGACCACUGACCAGAAGCUAUCCCUUUGUGUUUUUUUGCUCCUUCCUUUAGCUUCCAGAUGUGAACUUGCCUAUUUGAUGAGAAGUAUGUCUUACCAGGUGGAUUGGACGGUGCACAUAGCGACCUUGCUGAGGAGCUACUGAAGGGAUAUUGCUAUUUGAUACAUAAGGGACAAGUUAAAUCUCUUUGAAUCAUCCACAAUCCACAUGGGCCUGCUGAGUAGGAUUUUAGCCGUUGAGCCAGAUAAAGGAUUCCUGGGCAAGAAUCUAUUGUCGGGACGAUAUUCCUUUUUAAAGUAGCUUGUCUGUGUGGAUUUCUUGCUGAACGAAGUUCAGAGUAACAUAUCACAUGCAAGCUAGCUCUGUGAUAUAUGUAUUAUUUGAAGGCAACAUUUACUGAAUGGAUCCACCAAGGGGGCAACAGGCAUACAUAUAGCAAUGCUAUGAUGGACAAUUGUAAAAAUUUCAACGGCAUUAUUUUCCUCAAGAGGUUUGACAGUCACUAGCAGUGUAGCAGAUAUUUGCCAUUGGACGAUGUAUAAAGAACAUACCACAACUGGAGUGGAGUAUUUGUGGGCGAAGACACUGCGAUUUGUGAGUAGUUGAUCCACAAAGGGGCCAGUCGCAAACAAAAUUGCUGCUUGAUAAGGUGCAGAUUGGUACAGAAGCUGUGUUGAGGAGACCUUCAGUUUCUUCUGUAUUGUGUUUGUGAGCUUCAUUCAAAUUUAUCAGGUUAAGGAUACCAUGUGGCCCUGGUUGACAAGGUAUGAAUUUACCAAAAAAAUUAUGUUGGUAGAAUGGAUAAUGCAAGUUUAUGGAACAUACUUCAUGAAGAGUAAUAAGAAAUUCAGUGCUUCACAGAUAACAUAUAGGAUUCUUGUCUAGUUUCUUUAAGAAUACCAGCCUUAUCAAUUAUCAGUACUGUAAGUUGCGAUGCAAAUAUGAUAUUUUGCAUAACUAGAUUUUUCUUUCUUUUACCCUGCUGUUUUUCGGACUGUGAUGAUGAGCAUAAAAGUAUUAAAUUUAGGAUACAAUUUGGCCAACACAAGUGGUGGCGAUGGCGAGGCCAGAAAGAACGGACCCAAGUAGAUUUAGCUUGAGAUCAGUAACCGAUGCGAUGCCUACUCCAAGAAGUAAGACCAUAAGAGAAAGCUUGAUAGUCUCGCUGCACAGUGUUGGAUUGGUAUUAGCUCAAUGUUGAUAAGAAUAAGUACCAUAUACGUAGAAAAACUAAGCAUACACAUGUCAUGAUUCAGUAUGAUUAGUUUUUUUUUUCACUUGAUGCAAAGUUGAUGUUUGUAGCAGAACGAAUUUAAAGUUAACUGUCCCUGUGAAUAGAAACUAUACAGUGAGUUCACAAGAAUUUCUCGUGUCAAUUCAAUAUUUACGUCAGUACAUGCAGCAUUAUCUAUCUUGCAUCGUUGUGCAUUCACAGUUGACCCAUGGGAUGCAAUUUAUAGUGGUUGACUCCUAAGAUAAAGUACAGAGUUUUUAUUUCAGAACCUGAAUCUUUUCUUCAGAAAGAUUGUCUCCAACAGCACAGUGAAAGGUAUGAUCGCUAGUUUUGUCAUCUGCAGAACAUACUGAAUUUGAAAUACUUGCUUGCAUGGUUUAUGAAAAAUGACACUAAAGAUAAAACAGCUCUUACCUGGUAGAAUCCAAUGGAGUUGAAUCCUAAACUAAGGUUGAGUAGUCCAAUUGAGGUGCCAUUCAGCAACCCAAAGAGGAUCACUGUAUGUCCAUCAACUGCCUUGGGCUCAAAAAAAUGCAAGCGCUGUGCCACAUGGAGGGUGCAGUAGGUCACCAUGAGAUGCCAGCUUGUUAAUGUUGUAGCUACAUAGGUUCGAAAACAACAACAAAGUUCAGCAUGGAUCGUUUGUAAGUAUGCAAAUUUGAUUCACGCCUGGCCUUUAAUUUGUUGUUCAAGUUCCGUAGAAUCUUGAAAACGUGAAGACUCUAACACUAACCGAAUGGGAAACCAAGUGUGCUGAUGAGAGCUUUGUUGCAGAUGACAAUAGCAACUGAAGAUGCAACUGAGAGUGCGAGAGACCCGAUCACCCCGAGCUGUAAACCGGCUGACAUCUUGACCAGCUGGUGCUUCCUUGCUUAUCUGACGUUAGAUUAUACAUGGAGAGAGUUAGGUGCAAGGUAUACAUGCCACACCGAAGAACAUAGCCUGAAUUGGUUGCUUUUGUGCAACAAAGUUUCUUAGCAAUGAUGCGAUAGUGUCUAGUUGUUCUUUUAAGCUACAUGUGACUAUGGCUUUCCAUUUUCAUCUGGAAUAUAAAACCAGCUGUCUUGAUGUCCAAGAUAACAUGAGGAGAGAGGGGCCCAAAAUUUGGUUGAGUUUAUUGGUAGUUAGUUAGUUAUCGACUAUUUGUUAAUGCCCUUACCAAUGGAUGGAGAUGGAUAAUUAUGAUCAUCCAUGUUUGUCCUACAAUGGAGUGGGUCAAAUUCUUAGCUGCCCUAAGUCAUGGUCAAGAAUUAUAACAGUUUGAUGGUAUCUUUGUUAAGUUUGUUAUAUUAUGAUACUGUUUAACAUUAGUAUGUGUUAUGUAGAUGUUACAAAGACCUAAGAUUGGCAAUAACCAGGACCUCAAUAUAGCGUCACCUACUUGCACCAAAUUAGGCUAAUCAUUAACAUGUUACCGUUCACAAACCAAGCACAUGAAACCACUAAGACUGGCUGGUGAGACAUGCCUAUAUAUUAAACAUUGAGUGCAAAUGGCAGAUGAUGUUGUUUUCUUCAACAUGACUAUAGAUUCUAGUACGUAUGUUCUACCCAACCUAACUAUUGGCUUCUUUUGGUCCUAUAAAUAUAAUCUGUUGAGUUGGUACCUUCUACCUACUGGUCUGUCUCGGGGGGUACAAUAAUCAAAAAGUGGUUCUAGUCGCUGUCAAAUGAUUAAACACUUUGGCAAGAUGUCAAUAAAAAGACCAGAUAGAAGAAAACACACACACACACACACACAUGGGAGCCCAUGUGUUUGGCUUGGCACUUCCUAAAUGUCAUGUUAGACAAAACGAUUACAAAUAAAAUGGGAACACCAUGCUAUAAAUUCAUGCUUUUAGUUAGAACUUACAAGGGGAAUUUUCAGACCUGGUUGAUGUUAUGUUAAUCCUGAUAUCAAUUUGAUAGGAAAUUUAUUGGAGUGCACAUUUCCCGCAUUUUGUUCAGAAAAGAAAGCAGUAAGCUGAGGCAGUGUUUUUUAAGACAUGUGAACAUGGCAGACUAAAGUGUGUAGCUCAUGUUCAUGUAGAUGUACCAUCUAACAAGCUAGUUAGUAGUUACGUCUAACAUAGCUGACAAGGCCGUAAGACACUGGUAGAUUACUAGAAUAAUACUAUAUGAUCAUGACAUUUAUAAUGUACUGUAAAUGCUUUUCCUUCAAAAAAGAACAAUCAGUACAUGAUCCAUGAGAAAUUGCAAGUGACUAGUGAUUUUGUUACUUUUUAUAUCAUAUACCAGCAUCAGAAUUUGUGCAUAUCCUUUGAUGCAGCAUGGAACCUCAGAAGACCGCGACAUGCCAAGUUGCCAACAGCCUACGAGGUAACGAUCAAAUGGUGCCUAUGCUAAGAAAGCAACUAUGAAUCUUUACUUUGUCGAUAUGUUCGAUACUGUUCUGCAAUUUACUCUAAGUAACUACUAUGAACAUGAAGGCAGGAGGAAGGCGACGACCAAAAUCAAAUAGAGACAUAGAUUCAGGAGUAAGCACAGCAUGCAGAGCAUCUGAAACCCAAAACUUGCUUAACCUGGGAGUGAAGCGACAUUAAGAUCAAGCAACACUAUGAAUCCUGCUUAAAAAAAGCAACACUAUGACCGGGAGUCCGUACCUUUCCAGCAGCUGCGUCUUCCUCUCUAUUCCUCUUCUCGAAGAGCGUCACACCUGUGUGUAUUGAGAGAGGGAGAGAAAGAGAUACGAGAGAAUGUAAGGUGGCUCUCCUUGGAAGAGGAAGGGAAGGGAAGGGAGGGAGAAGCACUUUUAUUAUGUUCAAAGUUUACAGGGGAAGGUGAGGGCGCGUGUGCGUAUGGUGGGCAGUUAGGUGCUGGCUUUGAUGCUGUUCAGUGGAUGCUUCCUUCACGAGCCUAUAAGGCAUCGUGCAACAUGCUGGUGCUACAGGAGCGUGCAUGACGAUUUCCUUCCCAACCAACGAAAGAUUCUAGUCUUGGGCUGGCCACCGCAGGCAUUGAAAAUUACACUGUGAACGGCGAGAUUUGCUACUUAAAAGCUGAAUUGCUACAGUGGUUGAUAUCGUACAUGUUCAGAGAUGGACUCCAUGAUUUUAUUUUUACAUUGUCAAAUUUAGGCCAUGUUUCAAGCGCGGCAAUUUUGUACCGAAUUGCUUAGGAAAGGAAACAUCAACUCAAUGGAAUGCGAGGAUGCUCAUGAGGUUAAAGAGA